CUGUUGCAUGAGAAUUACCAGUUUUUCAACCGUAUCCUCGAGUGUAUUUGCUUGGCUCAAGUGUAUUCCCCAGCGACUUGCCCAUCUUCAUGCCGUCCUAAAACUCUAAAAAUAAAAGCAAGCUGCAUGAAAGUGAAAAUAGGCAUAAUUUGGGGACCCAUGUAUGACGUACGUAUCUCUCAAAUUGCAUAAUUUGCACAUGCACACAAAAUCAGGGAGUCGCUAUAUAUAAUCUAACGAAGCAAGCUUCUCGGUUCUCCCCUCCUUCAAGAAUUGGAAUUCAAGAUUCAAAUUGACUCAAAGCAGAUUCUCUCCCCCGAACCAUGGUGGAUUCGGAUCCGGUUCGCGCUCCGUCCCCUCCUCCUCCCCAACGGAGGUCGCGUUCCCGGCACCGAAACCGAAGGUCCCGUUCCCGGCACCGCCGUCGCCAACGCAACGGAAGGUCCCCUUCCCGCAACGGAAGGUCCCGUUCCCGGCACCGGUCCCGACGCCGCCGCGAAAGGUCCCGUUCUGGACGCCGCCGCGAAAGGUCCCGUUCCGGACGCCGCGAAAGGUCCCGAUCCCGGUCAGCUCCGCCCAUGCGCCACCGGAGAGCGGAAAGGACCUGGUCUCCGCUGCCCUUGACCUAUGAUGAGUCCUUUGAAGGCCGGUUACACACUCACUGGGAUAGUUCGACUAUGCUGUGUGUAUAUAAUUUGAGUGAUCACAUAACUAGUCAUGAUAUAACACGAUUCUUUGCUCAUGUUGGCCCAAUGGUUUCUUGCACUCUCAAGUGCAAUAGGUUCGGGGAGUCAAUGGGAAUCGCGGAAGUGAUCUAUUUGUACCCCAGGCAUGCCAUAAGAGCGAUUAGAAUGUAUAGGGAAAUUUUAUUGGACGGUAGGCCAAUGAAGUUUGAAAUUGUUGACAUUUAACUUUCAAAUUUUUUCUGCUACCUAUACUGCUAAUCAGUUGGCUGAUGUAUUCAGCAAGCCACAUGCUCCGAAAACCUUCUGCAACUUCAUUUCCAAACUUGGUCUACAUAACUUGUACACUCCGGGGGGUAUCAACUGAUAGUAACUCCUCACCUAACCUCACGUGCAGCACAUCUGAUUUGUAACUGCUUUUCAGUUGUUUUGUUUGUUCUGUUUUCAUUCUCCAACUGCUCUCAGUUGAUCCUGAACCUAUUGAGUAUGAAUGAUAGCUUGCAUUCUUCUUCUUCUUCUUCCAUCUUCUGCACUAUCUCCCUUUCCUUUUCUCCACAGUCCUUGGUGUAAUUUGUCAUCCGAUAACGUUUUCUUCUCUAGACAAACCCAACCCAAUUGUUUUGAAUUUUUGAGAAGUUUUUCACCGUGAAAUUUUCAACAUUGAAAAAAAAAAAAGUCUAAAAGUCGGUGUAGUUUAACGUUUCCAACCUUUGAGUGAAAA